GCAGUCGCCUAGCAACAGCGGGACGCGGAGCGAUGGAGACCAGCAGCAGGGAGCUCCAAGCCGCGGAGUAUUUGGAAAAGCAUCAUAUCAAGGAGUUGGUUAGCUACCUCACCAGCGCCCUCCUUUUCUUUCGGCCGGAAAAACCAAAAGAAUAUUUAAUAUCUCUAUUGGAACGACUGAGAAUUGCAAAAGUAACAGGCGUAGCAUUUCCUUUCUUUAUGGAUAACUCUAACAUUGUGGCUAUGUUUGAGAUGAUGGACUCCUCAGGCAGAGGCACCAUAUCAUUUGUGCAGUAUAAAGAAGCCCUAAAAACCCUGGGUCUAAGCACUGAAGAUGAAGAUUUACAAGAUGAUGGACAUAAAAUAACUUUGGAUAAAUUCAAGGAGGAAGUUGAUAACUCAGCAAUAUCUGAUGCCCAAGAGCGGAAAUACCAUUUUUCCUACAGUAUAUGAACACAAGUCCUCAAUUAUAUGUAUGAACAGCAGUAACAAAACAGGAAUGUAGCCCUUUAGAAAAAAAAACAGAAAUGUGAAGAGAGUCAGAUUUUAACUUAAACCAGCAAAGGUAUAGAAACUCUAACAUUUGUUACCAAUAAAAACCAAGGACAAGAGCUGGCAAAACACACCUUGCU